CAUCUCUUGAAAUUAAAUUGAAUUUAUUUUUAUAGAAAAAUUGUACCAUGAAUUUAUUGUAUUAUGGAAAAAUAUAAUUAAUAAUGUAAAACGAAACAUUUACAUCCAAACGUUUUAUAAUCAAUUUGAAAAUUGUGUUUUACCGGUCAUGACCGGAACUAAGCAAUAGUUUCCUUUAUUGCAUAAUGUGCAUGACGAUGUUUUCAACUGGUUUCAACUUCAGUGCGCAUACUCGAUGCAGGCAAAUGUUUUUUUUAUACUUGUCAAAAAAAUGCGGUGAUGUGAUGUGUCUGUAUUUUCGCCAACAACAAGCCUGUUGUAUUUUUGUGAUCAAUUUAUUCAUUAUAAAGUUGGAGAUAAUUGCUGAGGGAUACAGCUGUAACGAUUUCACUUUCUCUGUUGCAGAGGAAGAAAAAAUAGUAAAAUAUUAAAUAAUAAAUUUAUUAUACAACGCCAAGACAUUUCUCUGAAGCCAAACAAUGGAUCAAUACCAAUACCUUGCGGAGGAGGGUAACCACCACCACCACCACCACCAGGAAGAAAACGUGUCGUCAUUAUUGGUAACAAUGGAAAAAAGCGAUAAAAGCGAUAAUCAGCUGAAAAUCUCAAAGAAAAGAACAUCAAGAUCUCUAAUAUCUUCCGAUGGAGGCACCCAAUGCGUUCAAGUUGUUGUUCGUUGUCGUCCAAUGGACGAGAAGGAGAGUGCUCGUGGUUUUUCUCGUGUUGUCGAUGUUGUACCGUCUCGUGGAGUUGUGGAAAUACGUAAUCCUCGAGAAGAUCCUUCAUCACGUGACAAUAUCAAGGUUUUCACAUUCGACGCCGUGUACGAUGGUCAGUCAAGUCAGCAGGACCUUUACGAGGAAACAGUGAGGCCAUUGGUAUCAUCAGUUCUUGACGGUUUUAAUGGGACAAUUUUUGCCUAUGGUCAGACUGGAACUGGCAAAACCUACACAAUGGAGGGUUCAAAAAUUGAGGCAAAGAAACGUGGUAUAAUUCCUCGUUCUUUCGAACAUAUUUUCAGUCAUAUUAGCAGAUCGGAAAAUAUGCAAUACCUCGUAAGAGCAAGUUAUUUGGAGAUUUAUCAGGAAGAAAUUCGUGAUUUAUUGCAUGUUGAUCAGAGUUUGCGAUUCGAAUUAAAGGAAAGACCCGACACUGGUAUAUUUGUUAAAGAUCUCUCGUCAGCAGUUUGUAAGAGUGCUGCGGAAAUUCAACAUUUAAUGAAUACUGGCAAUCAAAACAGAACAAUCGGUGCAACAAAUAUGAAUGAACAUAGUUCUCGAUCUCACGCAAUUUUCAUCAUCACGAUAGAAAUGGGUUCUUUAGCUGACAAUGGUGGGAUUCGUGUGGGUCGUUUAAAUCUUGUUGAUUUGGCUGGAAGCGAAAGGCAAAGUAAAACUGGAUCAUCAGGUGAGAGACUGAAGGAAGCAAGCAAAAUUAACUUGAGUUUAUCUGCUUUGGGUAACGUGAUUUCUGCUCUUGUCGAUGGAAAAACAACGCACGUGCCCUACAGGGACUCAAAGUUAACUCGACUACUUCAAGAUUCCCUAGGUGGUAACUCAAAAACAAUUAUGGUGGCCAACAUUGGACCCGCGAGUUACAACUACGAUGAAACAUUGACAACUUUACGCUAUGCAAAUCGAGCAAAGAAUAUCAAGAAUAAGCCGCGAAUAAAUGAGGAUGCCAAGGACGCUCUAUUAAGACAAUAUCAAGAAGAGAUUAGUCGUCUGAAGGAAAAGCUUGCUCAAAAGGGAACCGCCGCCGCCGCCGCCGUCCAAAGUAAAAAGAAAAAGAAGAAGCUACCAAAAAAGAGGAAAGAGGAUGAUUUAGAGUCCGAGUCAGAAACAGAGGACAACAGUAGGGAUGAUAAUAAAAUUUCAGAAGCAGACAAAAAGCAAAUUUCAGAACAAUUAAAAGCAGAAAAGCAAGAGACGGAGAAUUUGGUACAAAGAAUUGGAGAUCUCGAGAGUAAAAUGCUCUGUGGUGGGAAGAAUAUUAUUGAUCAUACAAAUGAACAGCAAAGAGCUUUAGAGCAACGCGCUGUUGAAAUUGCCGAGCGAAAGAAGCGAGAGGUGGAAAUGCAACAAAAGCUCGACGACGAGGAAGUGACGACUAUGGGUGUCAAGGAAACAUAUACGACUCUUCAACAGGAGGUCGAUGUCAAGUCGAGAAAACUAAGGAAAUGCUUCGCUAAAUUACAAGGUCUUAAACAGGAUCUUGACGAUGUGACAAAUGAAUAUAAUAGAGAUAGACGAGAUCUUGAGCAAACACAACACGAAUUAAUGAAGGAAUUGAAACUCAAGUAUCUCAUUAUUGAUAAUUUCAUUCCAGUGGAAGAGAAACACAAAAUUUUGUCAAGAGUUCAAUUUGACGAAGACGAGGAUUGUUGGAUUUUAAAGGAAACCAUUGAGCCAUCGAGUGUCGAAUUGAUUAAGCGACCGAUUUCAAUUCCUGGAGGUAGACGUCCUAUUACUGAGCAUGCGAAACUUGCUCUUGCAAUGGGUAAAGGUCAUCGUUAUGCAGGAGAAAACAUUUUGAAUUUGGAACUUGACAUGCCUGCAAGAACCACUCUAGAGUAUCAGGGACCAGCUAUUGCUCCAACUAUUCAGGCUGUUUUGGAAGAAGCUUUGCGAGAUGAAGGUGAUAUAGAUGUUGAUGCAUCGAAUGUUAAAUUAAGAUCAAAAACUCGAUUACAAUCGGCAACAAGGAUUCGGCCUAAAAGUGUUGGAAAAAUGCAACAAAUUCCGACACCAGUUUAUCAACAAAUGUCAGCUCAAAUUUAUCCAAAGACUAGAGGAUUAGUACCUAAAUAGUUAGCACAGUACUUCGCCCAUCUACUUUCACUAAAAAAUGAAACUCUUUUGUAAAUAAGAAUAGACUUGAAUUUUUUCAGUUAGACUAAUUGUAGUUUGUUCCUUUCUUCUUCUUCUUCUUCUUCUUCUUCUUUUUCUUAUUUGUGAUAUUUUGAUAAAACUUUCAGACACGAAUGCGGCGGCGAAUGAUGUAUGAUUAUUUAGACUGAAAUGUUAACUGCUUUCUAGUCAACAAGCUUAUUUUAAAAUAUAUUUGGUGUCAACCAUUGAACGUAAUUGUUGAAAUAAACUUUAAAUGACAUUGUA